AUAGGCUUUCAGUGAGGGCAUUUAUGCCCGGAAAAUUGUCAGCCUUCCGGCCAUAUUUUUUCCGACACACUUUCCGAGCAUAUUUUCAUUUUUCCCGGGCACUUUUUCUAAUCAACGUUUUCACAUUUUUGGAUACAUGCAGUUGGCGGUAGUCCCACUUCAUUGCAUUUAUUUUUACAUAUAACUUGCCAACUCAUCACAGAGCACAUUGAUGGUGAAUUAAAUGUAUGUUUAAUCUGCCAGACACCUGAGCUUAACGCAAAUAUUUGGGCUUUUCGGUUGUGCCCUCCACACGGAAAGUCUACGAAUUCUGCAAUGCCUUGCGAAGACCAUUUGGCGGUAGUCCCACUUCAUUGCAUUUAUUUUUACAAAUAACUUGCCAACUCAUUACAGAGCACAUUGCUGGUGAAAUAAAUGUAUGUUUAAUCUGCCAGACGCCUGAGCUUAACGCAAAUAUUUGGGCUUUUUGGUUGUGCCCUCCACACGGGAAGUCUACGAAAUCUGCAAUGCCUUGCGAAGACCAUGUAAGCCCAUUACUGGAUUUUAUGAGUUUAUGCAGAACACCAUAGUAAUCUCGUGAAAAGAAAUAGAAGAUUGGGCUAUUAUCAUUUGUCAAUCCUCCACGAAGUUGUAGUUGAAGGUAAAAAGAAAUAGAAAAUUGGGCUUUUAUCAUUUGUCAAUCCUCCACGAAGCUGUAGGGGAAGUUGAAUAGAAGACGACAUAACACCUGUAGAUGGCCGCAUCUUUCCCCCUCAUGUGAACAUUUUUUUUUACAAAAUCUUUCCAGGGUCCGAGCAUCAAUUUUCUGUUGAAUGGAGUGCGAUCCAUUGACUGCUGUUGCACCAUGUGAAUCCUCAAAACAGUAUAAUGUAUUCAUUAACCACAGAGGACCUGAUGUAAAACAUAAUCUGGCCAUCGGCCUUCACGGAUCAUUUCAGGAAGCUAACAUUGAUGCAUAUCUAGAUAUUAAAGAUAAUGAGCUUGGAGAUUCAAUUCCUUCCAACAUAAAGAACGCCAUACUCUCUGCUUCAGUUCAUGUAGCAAUUUUAUCAGCAAGAUAUGCGCAGUCUGCAUGGUGUUUAGCUGAGUUAACUCUGAUGUUACAAACCGGGGCUACAAUUAUUCCGGUAUUUUAUAAUGUCAAGCCUUCAGAUCUCCGCCAUAAGCUACGAAGAUCAUACCGAAAGGCAUUUUCCAGAUUCCGAGAGAAAGGUAGAUAUCUCAAUCAGUUAGAAGAGUGGAAGGGAUCACUCGAAGCUGUUUCGUACUACAUGGGCGAGGAGGUCAUCUGGAAACCCAAUCUUGAUACAAAUGAGCUUCGUAAUCGCCUUGUGUUCAAAGUAGAGAAACUCUUGGUAAAGAGAAGCGUUCAUUUAGAGCUUGAAAGAACCGUGCAGGAAAAGAGAAAUGUUCCUUUACAGGUUGCAAGAUAUAAGGUGGGUCUCAAUGGGCUUAUAGAAGAUUUUAAAAAGAGUUGGUGUCAAAAGAGCCGGGAGAGGAAUGGGUUUUUUGGCAUUUAUGGCAGCGGAGGUUCUGGAAAAACCACCUUAGCGAAAGAAUUUUUCAAUCGCAAUUUUUCAGACUAUGAGCGAUCAAGUUUUCUGUUCAAUGUUCGUGAAACAUCUGAUAAUGGUAAACUAGCUUCUUUGCAAAAUAAGCUCCUCACAGAUCUGUUCCCUACUUGGAAUCAGAAAAUUACUAGUAUAGAAGAAGGAAGAAUCCUCCUCAAGUAUAGUCUUCAAAAUUUGAGUUCCUUCAUUGUGGUGAUAGAUGAUGUUGAUGACCUGAGACAAUUAAAUGCACUAGUACCCUUCUAUAACUUAAAUAACAGGAGUUUAGUAAUUGUCACAGCCCGUGAAAAGUGCGUUUUGACAGAGGCCGAUAUUAGUGUUCAUUAUAAGAUUAAACGAAUGAAACCACAGCAUGGCAUAGAGCUCUUUUCAUAUUAUGCAUUUGACAAGCCAGAUCCACCAAUUGAAUAUUUUGAUUUAGUAAGCCGUUUUGUGGAAAAAUGUCAAGGUUUGCCUUUGUCUAUUCAAGUUUUGGGCUGUCAUGUUUCUCAUGGGAUCAAGAAUGGUUCGAUGCUAGAAUUAGAAAACGUCAGAAAGACAUUGGAUAUAAAAGGUUUACUUCAAUUAUGCUAUGAUACUCUGGAAGAGGAGGAAAAGGAGAUCUUCCUAGAUAUAGCAUGCCUUUUCAUAGAGAAAAGCGUAAAAAUAGCCAAGAGAUUAUGGAAGGCUAAGGGAUGGAAUGCUGAACGUGCACUUCAGACCCUGGAAAACAAAUGUUUUGUUGACGUGGUGCCGCAAGGUUUUGAUGAAGAGCCACCCGCUGAUGUUUUCAGAAUGCAUCAUGAACUCCGUCAGUUGGGAACAGAAAUGGCUCGUGAAAGACAGAUUCGUCGGCCGUGGCGUCAAAAUGAUAAACUUUUGGUUUUAAACAACUUCAAAAAAGUUCUUCAAAUCAAAGAUGAAAGCUUUAGAUGUCUCAAUUCCAUUCGGGAUAUGUCUAUUACAUAUUUUCUGGAGAAAUCAAGGACGACAUCUGCUUUACAAUGGAUUGAGUUCAACAGCAAAUCCAUUCCUUCAUGGAUUCCUCUCCAAAAUUUGGAGGGUUUAAGCAUUACAGCAGCAGGGAUACCCAAGAGAUGGUGGCAGGAACAUAAACAGGGCCCUCAGAAUCUGAAAGAGCUGCUUUGCGAGUUUACAGAGCUUCAUUGCACGGAGAAAGAAGUUCUUAAGAAAAACUGGAACAAGUAUUCGAUGUCCUUAGGAAUGUUAAGUGGACUAGAAAGUCUUAUCCUAAAAUUAAAGUCAAAAGGAAAAAGGACAGACAUUGAAGUUGAAUGGAGUUCCUUCCUAGAGUCAGUCAUAGAACCAGCCAGUCUUGUAACCUUGGGUUUGUUUGGUUGCUGUAUAAAAGGGAAUAUACAUUUAAACAGUAGUAGGCAGCCAGCUGAUACUACUUUUCUGGGAUGUCUUGAAACCAUAACUCUAAAUAAUUUGAGGAACACAUCCAAGGUUUCAAUUAUUGGAAAUUAUUGCCCCAUACUUAAAUGUCUUAAGAUUGAAUCAAUGGAAGCUCUAGUUGAGGUGAAUUUAGAAGGGUUAGAAAGAUUGAAAUGCCUGAAGGUGUUCGAGUGUCAUAAAUUGAAAAAACUAUUGGGCAGUGGUAUGCUGGAACUUGAAAUGUUAAGCAUAGAAUCCUGUUCCGAGUUAGAAACUUUACUAAAUCUUCAAGGUUUGAGAUCCCUGAAGAGGAUUAGGAUUAUGUUUUGUGAGGUGUUGCAAGCUAUCAAUGGUAUGAAAUGUUUAAGUUCCGUGGAAGAUGUUACCAUUACGGGCUGUUCGGCGCUGUCUAACUUAACAGGUAUUGAAGAAUUGAAGCGACUGAGGGGAAUGAUACUUUCAGGCGGUUCUAUGUGGAAAUGUGUUAGUGGCUUCGAGCGCCUGCCGUCAGAGUUUACCGUUGUAAUGGGGCGGCCAGCCAUGUCAUCAUUGAAUGAAGAUGGAAUUUGCAAGGUAAUUUCUACAGUGGAUUCUCACGAUAGAUUUGAGUCUAGAAGAGAAGGGUACCAGAAGCUCCGGUCAUUACAGAAAUCUCAACAGUCAUUCGGUGCUAUCAUCUUAUGCGCUAUGGUUGUCAGUAAAUCUCCAGCAUAUAUGGACAGAGAACCUCAGUUCGGGGGAACAGUACCUCUCAGUUGGGGAAGUGAUGAAAAGUUGGUAUAUACCAUUGUGGUUACUGACCCGAAUGAAACAUCCAUUGUCUCAAAUGGUAUUCCAAGUUACUGUUGGAUGCCAACAUUUGAAUUAAUAAACAGACGGGGGUGCUUGCAUCCUGAGGUGAGAGGAAGAAUAGUGGAGGGUUUUAUAAUAGGAUUGAACAAAGGCCGUGAAUGCGAAACAUUACCAAUAUUGAAAAUACUAACUGAUCAGCUAUAUACAGCUGAGGUUGUAACUGAUACUGAUACUGAUUAUGAUUCUGAUUGGGGGGAUAACUCAUAAGGAGGUGGAGAGCUGCCAAUAAAAAGCAAAUGCAAAGCCAUCUGCAAGGGUAUGCAAUUUAAGAUAUUACAUUUUUCUUCCUUUAU